AUGCCGCGCCUAACGCUCAGCACGACGGCGCUCAGCCUCCUCCUCACGCUCGCGCUGCUGGCGGAUCUUCUCCGCGUCGCGUGCGCGCUCAGCCUCACGCUCAGCCUUCUGGGCAGCGGCGCGCUCGGCAGCCUCCUUCUUGCGCUGCUCAAUCUCGGCGGCGGCACGAGCCUCGGCCUCGGCGCGCUCGGCGGUGAGACGAGCCUCCUCCUCCUCGCGGGCGCGGGCGGCACGCUCGGCCUCCUCGGCCUCGCGUUCCCUCUGCUCACGAGCCUCCUUCUCGGCACGGUGACGGGCGAGAACACCGGCAAGGAAGCGAGACUUCUCCUCGGCAAUCUUGGCGGCGGCGGCCUUGCGGGCGGCCUCGAACUCGGCCUGCUGCUGCGACUCGACGGCCGAGCGGGCGAGAGCGUAGUCGGGCAUCAUGCGGCCAAGACGGGCCUUGAGCUCGAUAGCGUACUUCUGCUGGGUGAUAGCAGCCUCGCGAGCCUGAGCGUUGAUACGGUCGUGGGCCUUGCGGUCGUCCUCCUUCUGGCGCUCGUAGUCGGUAACAAGCAGAGGGCGCUCCUCCUUGCGGUAGGCACGCUCGAGGUGGUCGACGCGCUUGGCAAUGAUACGCAGGCGCUCGUUGAGCUCGCGCUUCUCCUUGGCAAUGUGCUCGACCUGCAUGGCAACAAUCUUGGUCGUGUCAAGGUCCUCGUCCUUGAUGGCGUCGACGUCGACCUUGAGACCGUUCUUGUUGGCGAGCUGCUCGGCAAGCUUGCGGGCCUCCUCGCGACGAGUCUCGUCCAUCAUCUUCUGCAGGCGGUCGAGCUCGGCCUGGCGAGCAGCCUCCUUCUGGGCACGGGCAGUCUCCUCGGCGAGCUGCUUGGCGCGCUCGGCACGGGCAGUAGACUCCUCGCGCUCGCGACGGAGGUUGGCCUCCUCGAGAAGCUCGCGGCGCUUCUGGACAAUGAGGCGGCGGUGGGCAAUCUGCUUGCGCUCCUCCUCGGCCUCGGCAAGAGCCGCAGCGAAGGCCUCGGCACGCGAGACAACAGGGGUAGGGUUGAGGUACUGGAUGGCGCUGUGGAGGUAGACGGCCAGGUUGGAGAGGCGGUUGAGGUCCGCGGGGGGAGCGGCAAAGUUGACAGUCUUGGCGACGUGGUCAACAGUGGCGUUGAGGUCACCGCGGCGCGAAGCAGUCAUGAGGAACUUCUCAAGCGCGGGCAUGUCAGUCUCCCAGGGUCCGCCGUCAAAGGCCUUGACAAGCGAAAGGAUGUACUGGAGGGAGAUGGUCUCGUAGACGCGCGAGAGCUCCUGGAUAAGGCGGGAGAGAACGACGUCGCGGAGGGCAGGGAGGUAGGCGGCAAAGUCGGCAGGGAGCUUGGCGACAAUGGGAGCGAGGAGCUUGCAAGCCUUGAGGGGCUGGAAGUCGACCUCGACAAUGUUGUAGAGCUGACGGACGUCGGCGGGGACACGCUUGAGGUGCUUGGCACCGGCGUCCUUCACAAGGGCCUCACGGGUAGGCAUCUUGGGGAGGUUGAGGAGAGCAACAAGACGCUGCUUGGUCUCAACGUCACCGAGAGGGACAGCGAGGGCCGAGAGAAGGACAGCGGCGGGGGCACGGUCCGAAACAGUGCCGGCACGCUCGGCGUACUGGUAGUAGCGAGCCCAGGCGGCGGCGUGGAAGACGGCGGUCUGCUUGCCACCCUCGGCACCGAAAAUCUGAGUGAGCUUCUCGUAGUAGUUGGCCAUCAUGGAGGGCUUGGCACCCUUCUUGCCGGCAACGAGGCCGUGGACGUCCUCGACCGAGCGGAAAGCCUCCUGCCAGAGCUCGAGCUCGACGGCAGUCUCGAGCUGAAGGAAGCGAGUGUCGAGGUGACGCGAGAGGGUCUCGGGGUCGGCGAGGUUGACGGCGUGCUGCUGGUGGCCAUACUUGGUGGCGUUGGCAAGGUCCUUGCGGAGACGCUGCUCGCAAAGACGGCGGAAAACUUGAAGGCGCGGUGA